GCCGGGAUAAAACUUAUUGUAAUUAAGUAGAAGAACAUGGAUAAUGAAAAUAAAAUUGACUAUAAAAAAGCUCUAGCCUACUGGGCAGACAUCCCAGCCACUGUUGACGGCGUACUUGGUGGAUUUGGUUUCAUUUCUGAUAUGGACAUAGAAGGUUCCAAAUUGUUCCUGAAGUCUCUAUUUGCUUUGGAAAAUCGGCCUGAAGCGCAUGAUGCGAUUGACUGCGGAGCUGGUAUAGGUCGAAUAACCAAGUUUUUACUAAUACCAAACUUCCAGCAAGUAGAUAUUAUUGAACCAGAUGAAAAAUUUCUAAGCACUGUAUCGGAUUUCGUAGGUGAAGACAAAAAGAAAAUCGGCCGGUUAUACAACGUUAGUUUGCAAGAAUUUGACCCAGACAAAAAAUACGAUGUGUUCUGGAACCAAUGGGUACUUGGAUAUUUGACUGAUGACGAUUUAAUAUCAUAUCUAGUUAGAUGCAGAAAUGCUUUAACAGAAAGAGGCGUCAUUGUAGUCAAAGAAAAUGUAACAUCAUCUGGACAGUCGGAGAUGGACACCAUUGAUUCAUCAGUUACAAGAUCUCUUAAACAAUUUCUGAACAUAUUUAAAGCAGCUAAAUUGAAGAGAAUGAAGCAAUGUAAACAAACCAAUUUUCCUAAUGGUAUUUAUCCAGUGUAUAUGUUUGCUCUUGUUCCUAGUGAAGCAAGAGAAGUGAAUAAAAACCACAAUGUGGACACUGAUCAUCCAGUUAGUAAUCAUGAUCAUAAUGUAGCCUGACAUGUACUUUUUUAUUUUAUGGCCACGGGUCAUAAUUACAAACAGAAAAAUACCAUGUUUACCUGAGCAUGUUAACACUUAGUCAAUAUUAUUAUUAUUAUUAGGGCGAUUUCAUUCAGGGCUGCAUAGGCCCUCAUCACUGCAACCAUUACAGUUCAAAGCCAAGACCAUUACAGUUCAAUAGCAUUAAAGAACUGAAAGAUCUUCCCGACUUCUACAAUCUGUGUCCUCUGGUUGUGUCCUGUGCCUUUCCAGCAUGGAACCUCAUAUGCCCAGUGAGGGACAGCAUUGGGUAAGGAGAUGCAAAGAACUUUCACCCACAUCAGUUGGUCAAUUUGACCUAUACAAUGCCAUUAACUUAACAGGAUUUUAUACAUUUUUGUAUCUUGGUUGGUGUAACUGUUCAUUGUCCCAAUGCUGAUGUAUGGUAGUGAAUGUUAGAUGUGGCGGAAAAGUCAUGAAAGUGGAGUUAAAACUGUUAAAAUGAGAGCUUUGCGCAGUUAAACUCUUAAAGAUAGAAUACUGUACUAACUGACGUACUAAGAGAGUAUUGUGGUGUGAAAGAUGAAGCAGUGGCCAGGAUAGAAAAGCGAACGCUGUAACUGCGAAAAGAUGGAUGUUAGUAGUAACUUGGCCCAAAUUAGAAGUAAACCUCAACAUACAUGUCUCAAUCACAUUGGGUAUGUGUAUGUUAAAAGUCCCAAGAAUAAAAGUGGUGUUGUAUGAGUAGCCUGAUACAAGUGGAGGAGGUGAAAGAGGUUGGAGUUCAUGGUAUCUGCCAUAAUGGGAAAGAAGUGUGAUAAUUUUUUAACAUUUUUACCUAGAGACCUGCAACAGGGACAUGAAAAAGGGAACAUUAUCAUGAAAGUUGUUAAUAGCAUUGUUACUCAUCCAUGAAUACUGAUUGACUAUAUGUACUGUGACAUUUUAUGACCAUUUGUAAUUUAAAAAUAUAGCUCGAACAAGAAAAUUAUCUGCUUAGAUUGAUAAUUAGGUCACUUAAAUAUUGAUUGAUGAUCAAUUAGUUCAAAAUUUAAAUGACAUGGUUUGAAAAUAGUAGCCCUCAUCAUACAAUCUAAAAGGCUAUGAACAACUGCUUCACGAGAUUCGUGUCAUGAAUGGAUGGCUAGCCCAAACUACUUGGCCCAAACCCUCAGUUUCGACCCAGAGUUUGUGCAGCGGCUUAUGUCUCCCGUGCUAAGGCUAUUGUAGGAUUAUCCAUGACAGGAAGUCGGGUUGCACACACAGUGGAAAAACGCCUUGAUUCCCCUUGCUGUGUUUAAUAUAAGUGAUGCAUGUACAAUGUUUGUGUGGUUGCAAAUUGUAAACCUACCAGAAUACUGCGGUUAAACGGAUAUUGCUUGUAUAAACUCCAAUCCUGACAGAGUGUUAUUAAAUUGAUAUUUAUAUUUGAUGGCUUGUUACGUAACAAGGACUACAUAGUCCCUUCUCAUUGUAUCUGUGCGCUACAACUGUGGGACACCAACUACAAGAUGUGAAAGAUGUUAUAUGCUUUAAUAACCACUGUACAUCCAAAUAUUGCAAAUGUAAAGCCGAUAACACCAUCAAAAAAGCAUAAGCAGACUUACUGAAUACUAAGAAUUGCAAUCAAUUGUCAAAUAGACAGAAAACUGUUUUGAGAACCGACUGGUGUGCUAAUAACCUACAUAAGUAUAUUAUUAUCCCUUAUUAUGACUAACUUCACAUAAGUUCUAAAGUGGAAUAAAUAGGGAUUCAUACAGAAGGUCCUGUUAAAAAAGUAUUAAGUAAUUUAUCUGAACUUAAAUGCUAUAUAAAUUUUUAAGUCUUAUUUA